AGAGGUCUACAAUUAGAUGGCCCUGGCAAUGAUGCAAAUGCCUUUUCCAAUGAUGCUAUGGAUACUCAACCAGCGAUUGGCCGUCCAACAUAUGGAUCAACACCAGUCUAUAGCAUACUUGGAAAACGGAUGAAAGAUGAUCCAAGCAACUGGUAUGUAUCCCUUAUAGAGGUGAAAAUAUAUAAACAGGUUAAGCACAACCUACUUAAUGUUUUUCCUAGUUAUCUUUUCCUUGCAUACUUUUUGAAAACACUAAGAAUUUUACUUAUGUCAAAUAAAUGGUUUGAAAAUAGAAUGGCAAUGAUUCUGAAAAGUCACCCCAUUAUUCAAGAGACAGUGUAA